AUGGCUGCCAACGAGUGGGAUCCUCUACUACCUAGCUCUGCUGGUCGCAACUACACGGGCAUCCUGACCAAGAGCAUCGUGUAUGCGCUGACGCUGUGUUUCUUCCUGAUCGCUUUUGGGUUGACUAUCGCAUCGAUUUUUGUCCCAAGCUGGAUUACCUAUGAAAGCAGCGCUCCGCCCUUCCACUACUCCCUCGGCCUCCACCGCCGCUGCUCGUCCUUGACCGAUACCUGCGAACCGUUUCCCCAAUAUGAAGACUGCUAUGGCGAGGACCGGUAUUUCUGCUCCAUGUGGCGCAGCGUUGGCUUCCUCAUGACUUUUGGGGUUGUGCUGAUGUCCAUCGCCGUGCUCGUCUACUUUGUCAUUCUCUCCGGUGGCAAACGACUGCGCGAAACCGGUUGGAGUUUUCUCUCUUUGAUAAUCAUUGGCUCUGUCGCCGUGCAGGUUGCUGCCAUGGCUCUUGUGGCCUACCUCUUCGAAAACGACGACCGCUUCUCCGUUGGUCUCGACUUUGGUGACACAGUCGCGUUCUGGAGACUCGACAAGUCAUUUGUCUUUUGCACCGUCAGCUGGUGCAUUUCUCUCCUCUGCGCCAUUGCGAUCGUCGUCGCUGCGCGCACUCUUCCGUCCGAGGGAGGCUACGAGCUCAUUCCGGCUCCAUCGGAGGAGGCGUAUUAG